AACUACCCCCAAAAAAGAGUAAAAAUAAGAAAGAAAAAGGCUAAAUAAAAUUCUGGGAAAACCAAAAUCAUCCCAGAAAAUGUUGUCGAUCAAGAUUCAGCUCAUCAUCCUAACGGUUCUUGGCUCUGCUUGUCUCUCCUCGAUCAAUGCUGACGUCACCAUAGUGAAGGCUGGGAGAUUUGCAAUCAGGGUACACAACAAGGAAAAACAGGACAAAUUGAAAUUCGAAUACGUGAAGGAAGGAUUCGCGCACUACGUGUUCGAGAAGGGCACAGGGUACAACGUUACCAUCGUGGCCAAGGACAAGAAGGAUCAAAAGUCCAACACGUAUCGGGCUAAUGUCUGGAAGGAGUUCAAGGUUGGUCGCAUGAAGCUUCUGUCCUUCAAGAAAGUCAAGAAGCUUUCUUCUUAAAUUAACCAGAUUCGAUCAUAAAAUUUCUCAAGUUUUUAUUAUAUGUUGUUACAUUGGACUCCUCAUUGUAAAUGAGAAGGGAUUAUAUCCUACAUCAAACAAUUAAAAGAGGGUUGAAUAGUUAAUUUCACAUAUAUGUCUCUAUAGAGUAUGACG